CUCGUCUUGUCUGCCCGUCCUCCACGCCCCGAUUAUCGUGCAACCUACAUUGAGUCCUCGACUGCCGUGAUCUUUCGCCUCACAUCGUCUUGUAGAACAAAUUUGCCGUCAGUCAAGCUGGUCAGAUCUGGCCGUGGCUUGCCAGAGCACCGUGCUGGUGCUUAUCUGACCGCCAAGUCGACCUAUGGAACCUCCAAGCACCUUUGCGAUUUACCAACCUUGAUUCACAACAAGCCAGCACCACCAUGACAGACCAGGCAGAACCUGUGGUGUCAUCCCAGGUUGAACCAGCCGGUACUUCUUGCAACGAUUCGAUAGAUUUCGUCACGUUGGGCAUGUUCAUCAUAGAUGACAUUGAGUAUCUUCCUCCUAAACCGCCAGUCAAAGACAUCCUUGGCGGAGCAGGUGCAUAUGCAGCUCUCGGGGCCCGUCUGUUUUCGCCAGCGCAGUUGUCACAAUCCGUAGGCUGGAUUGUCGACAAGGGCUCCGAUUUUCCGGAGAGCGUCGCGAACACAAUCUCAUCAUGGAACACUUCAGUAUUGGUGAGGGACAACCCAAAUCGGUUGACGACGAGGGGCUGGAACGGCUAUGACAAGCACCAGAACCGCGCGUUCAAAUACACAACCCCAAAGGUGAGGCUUACUGCGGAGGACCUCGACUCGUCCCUCAUCAGGGCUCGUUCGUUCCACCUCAUUUGCUCUCCAACCCGCUGUCGCGAGCUGGUCAAUGAAAUCAGAUCCCGGCGCAACGACUUGACCACGGCCGAGGGCAACCACCUGCCCAAGCCCAUCUUCAUAUGGGAGCCCGUCCCAGAUCUCUGCACGCCCGACGAACUGCUCAACUGCACAAAUACCCUACCUCUGGUCGACAUCUGCAGCCCAAAUCAUUCGGAGCUAGCUGGCUUCAUGGGUGACAGCGGGCUCGAUCCAGAGACCGGCGAGAUCAGCACUCGCGCGGUCGAGCGUGCCUGUGAGCAGCUCCUCGGGAGCAUGCCGCUGCAAUCCUUCUCCUUGGUUGUUCGCGCGGGCGAAAAGGGAUGCUACCUGGCCAGGAACGGAGGCCGCAAGCGGAAAGCCCGCUCCGGCGAAGGGCGGCGCAAGAAGCCCGCGGCACACCUGCACGGCCCCCUGCGGCCAGAGAUGGACAUGGAGGCUCUCUUUGCCGGCCUGAUGCAGGACAGUGACGGGUCCGUGUCGCGGGAGGAGAUCGAAGUCGACCCUGGCGUCGAGCGCUGGAUCCCGGCGUACCACACGGACAAAGAAAAAGUCGUGGAUCCGACGGGCGGCGGCAACACGUUCCUGGGCGGACUGGCCGUCGCCCUGGCCAGGGGGAAGAGCCUGGAAGAGGCGGCGGCCUGGGGUGCAGUGGCGGCCAGCUUUGCGAUCGAGCAAGUAGGCGUACCUGUCCUGGGCAGGGAAGUCACAGAACAGAGCAAGACGGGAGAAGCCGUACCGGAAGCUCUGCAAGUCGAGGAGGCGACAGGGCCAGAGGCGACGUCACCGGCUGCGGUGGCAGAGAACACGGAUGCGACACCCACAGCUGCAAGAGAGACGUGGAAUGGAGUUGUAGUCGAGGACAGAUUUGAAGAGUUCAAGACGAGACUGGCGUUCAGCCAGGCGUAAACGAACAUGAAGGCCAGCGAUAUACUCCCAGGCAAGCAGCUGGCCCUAAUUCACACCAAAAAGAGGCUAGAAGGUUAUAGACAGACUAGAUGAGGGUGGUGAAAAGAGAAUUUAGAUCAGCCAG